UGGUGUACUCCUGCGUUCCUCUAGACCGUCAUUGACUUCGACACAAUCGUUUUAAUUUUAUUCUGUUCGUUUAAAUUCAUUUUUUUUUUACUCAUUAUUCACUACUACUCUUUUUUUUAUCGUUCCACAACACGAUGGACUUUAUACUAAGAAUAUUAAUUUUAGUAGUAAUCACAUUUUCCCCAUGGGUUGCAACUUUGAAUAACGAAGCUAUCAAUACACAAAAUUACGAGGAGAGACAAAGUGGCCAAUUAUGUCCUCCAAUGGCAUACAAGGAAAAGUAUGAGGUAGUUUUUAUUGAGAAUGGGAUACAGAUGUACGGAUGCGCCUCCCUGGAUCACAACCGGGAAUUUAGUGAAGUGCCAGUGUUACAAUUUUGGUUUGAAGCUCCCAUUAAUUCAAACUUAGAACCUACAUUUUGCAAGAACAUAAAUAAGACGGUCCCUUACAUUUUCGAAUGUAUGUCAAAAACAGAACCGACCAAUAAGGAAGAGAUUGACAAAGGUUUAAAGUAUAUAUCGCUAAAUCAAUAUCCAACACAAUUUAUACAAGUCCUACCAACCUACAGAUGUGCUGCAUUUGUCGCUGAGGAACACACAGACCGUGGAAUUAUAGAAAUCCGGAUGGUAUUUAGUAAUUUGAGAGCAAAGAGUUAUGAUAAAACACAGUGCGAAGGUCUAUCGUAUAUGCUGUUAAAUAAAGAUAUGAUAUAUGAUGUUGAGAAGCUAAACAAAUGGCCCGAAGGAGCUUCUUAUGUAUUUAUGAGAGGAAACAUCCCGCCCAAAAUACUACCUACAACUAAAAAAAUUACAACAACCACAGAAAGACCCCCCUUUACAUUUUAUGACUUUUUAUACGCAUUAUCACAUCAUCGUUUUUAA